CACAACCCCAAGAGAAAUGCAUGUCAACAUGCCGACUCUUCCACACCCUUCAAAUAUGAGGGAUAUUAGAAUCUUUUUUUCGGCCAGCCGCAGCAGCAGCCACUCGCAAGAAAAGUGGCGCAGAGUGUUUGCUGCUCAUCGGGCUUACAUAAGCAGCAGCGUCAUGUAUGCAGGACGCAAGAGGAGAAAACCGGUCCAGAGAGCGGUAAAACAGCCGUCCAAUGAAGGAGCAAAGUCCAAUCCGUCCAAGCGGCACCGGGAUCGCCUCAACGGGGAACUGGAGAGGUUGGCCAGCCUCCUGCCAUUUCCCGAAGAGGUCACGGCCAGCCUGGACAAACUUUCCAUCCUGCGACUGAGUGUCAGCUACCUGCGAGCCAAGAACUUCUUCUCUGUGGCCCUUACCCAGCGGGACAGCUUGAAGAAUGUUGAUGGAAAAACGUCAGGAGCUCUGGACGCCCAGAUACCUGAAGGGGAACUUUUGCUGCAGGCUCUCAAUGGAUUUGUCCUGGUCAUAACUGCCACUGGUACCAUCUUCUUCUCCUCUCACACAAUCCAGGACUACUUGGGUUUCCACCAGACUGACGUCAUGCACCAGAGUGUGUAUGAGCUUGUCCACACGGAAGACCAGCAGGAACUCAGGAGAAACUUACACUGGGCGUUGAAUCCACCUCCAGCUGCACCGCCCGCCAUCAGCCAGGACUCGCCUCAAGAGAUUGAGCCAGACAGCAGCUCAUCCUUAGUCACCUACAACCCUGAGCAACUUCCUCCCGAAAACUCGUCAUUUCUGGAGAGGAGCUUUGUGUGCCGUUUCCGUUGCCUCCUGGAUAAUUCGUCUGGCUUCCUGGCUUUGAAUUUCCAGGGAAGGCUCAAAUUUCUACACGGACAAAACCAACGGCAAGAAAACGGAGGAAAGGCACCACCACAGCUUGCACUUUUUGCCAUUGCAACUCCUUUGCAACCCCCAUCCAUCCUGGAGAUCAGGACCAAGAACAUGAUCUUCAGAACGAAGCACAAGCUCGACUUUACACCAUUGGCUUGUGAUGCAAAGGGUAAGAUAGUCCUGGGGUACACAGAGGCUGAACUGAGGGUACGAGGAUCUGGUUAUCAGUUUAUCCAUGCAGCAGAUAUGUUGUACUGUGCAGAGAAUCAUGUCAGAAUGAUGAAGACUGGUGAGAGUGGACUGACGGUAUUCAGGCUGCUCACCAAGGAGAACCGUUGGAAAUGGGUGCAGGCCAACGCUCGUCUGGUUUACAAAAACGGCAAACCCGAUUACAUCAUCGCCACCCAGAGGCCCCUAUUGGAUGAAGAGGGAGGAGAACACUUGCGAAAACGCUCCAUGCAUUUACCCUUUACAUAUGCUACAGGUGAGGCCUUGCUUUACCAGUCUAACCAUCCCAUUGCUGGCUUCAGAGAUGGCGUUUCUGAGAAGAACGGUAGUAAGUCAAAGAAAAGCCGGACUGACAGGUUGUUAAGAGAUGGUCUGGAUCCAGGCUCACUUCUUGGAGCCCUCAUGAGCCAGGAUGAAUCGGUGUAUGUUUGCCAGCCUGCUCUGGAACCCAAAAUCUCCUUUCACAGCAGCUUCUUUGGAGACCAAAUGGACUUCCCUGACUCAAAGUCCAGUUUGCAGAGAGGCUGGGACACACCAAGCAAUGGAGAUGUGGAUCAAAGUAUCACAGAGCCAGGCACCAGCUUUGACCCAUUGCUUGCUACUCUGGAUUCCCUUUCACUGGAAGGCCAAGGAGUUGUCGAUUCAGAGGACGGUGGCUGUUCAAAUGGGGAGUUGUUCGGAGCUCUAGAGGGCUUGGGGCUGAGUGCUGAGGAUCUGGAGCUUCUACUGUUGGAUGAGCGGAUGAUUCGAGUUGAGAUUGACCCAGAGCGUGUGCCCACCUUGGAUGACUUACUAACGAAUGAUGAAAUUCUUUCAUACAUCUAUGACUCAAUCGAAGGAAAGACUGAUACCGCAGAUCAGGGAGGACAGAUGCCACCAUCUAAUCCCUCAGUCAGUGCAACUGUGUCUGUAUCUGAAAGCACGCUCACCUCUGACGCAAAUGUAAAAAUGCAGUUUCCUCACCAUAAGCCUCCCGUGGCUGGAAAGGCUCCCAUCGUUCAGUUGUCCCAGCAAAUGCAAAAGCACCUCAGCAUGUGCUCGGACAAAGCGACGCACAACUGGAGCAACCAGAGUGACCGUUUGGCCAAUACGAUAGCCAACGGAGAACUGAUGGGCAAUGUUCAAACUGACCCCAAUGGACAAUGGUCAGCCCAAAACAUUCUCAUGACUGCAGGGAUACAACUGCAGCACAUGAACUCACAACAGACUGUUUUCAAUGGCAAGACGUCAGAACUAAAUGGAGAGCUCCAACAGCAUCAAAGCUACCUGCAGCAGCCCUUGAUGCGGAACCAACUCUCACAGCAGUGCCAUACCAAACAGAAGGAAGCCAACUUAAAUGGACUGAGUGGCAUUUCCAACACAGAUCAGUCAGCAGUAAAAUCACAGUGGCAGGACUUUGGUUUCGGAGAUAGUCUGGGUCCGUGCCUCAAUAACAGCCAAAAAACUCUUCCGGACACAUCAAUAAAUUGCUGCAUGAAUUACAGCAUCCCCGAUAUUGACAAUUCGGAUUACUCCGUUAAUGGCAGUGGUUUGUUUGGUAGCAGUGCGCUCCAAAAUAGGGCCGAGUCCACAGCUACAUCUUUCCAGGGGAUUACCCAAAACAGGCAGACGGAGCAGAUCUCAGUUCCUUUAGCUCAGGUCAUCUCCAGCCUGUCCCAGUGUCCGCCUCCGAAUGCCUCGCUGGAGCAAAUCCUGGCAGUCAGCAAACCUUGUCGGCAGUUGGACCAUUACAGCAUUGUGGCCUCAGACAUAGCUCAUGAUCCCAAUCAGGGAAAGAUGGAGAAUGGUCGCAUCCUGACUACAGCAUACGCAGCAAGGCCCAAUGGGAAUGGUGCAACGCCCCCUGCUGUCCAGAUACCUUGCACGGAGACUCUGCCUAGUCUCUCCGACCCACCAGCCACCGGUUUCUACCUCUGACCAGCUGGUCUGCGCACUUAAAAUGGCCAGAGACACGCACCCACACACACCACACACACACACACAGACUGGACCAGCCUUAUGACACACAGAUAAGACAACAUACAAACAAAACUAAUAAAUGCUGUCCUGUUUUUUUCUUUUUGGCCAAGGGGGCUGAGCGAUCAUUAUAUUAUUUUCAAGUCAUAUUAUCAUAAGAGUCCUUUGUUUACAAUAAUGCAGUUAGAGAGUUAUGUGAAUGAAUACAAGAUGCGACAGAUAAUUCAGGGUUUUCUCUUAUUUUAGUGAAGGAGUUGCAGAUGAACCGACAAGUUUGGAGUCGGGGUGUUUGCGCUUCAUGAAUGUACAGACACUCAAGCGGAAAAAGGAAGGGAGGCUUUUGGCACUAAAUGCAACUUUUACUUCACGUAUACUUUCAUCAAAUUUUUGCAGAUCUUCCUCUCAAUAACAUCUACUCACUAGUCAUUUCCUUAGAUACACCUGGAAAGUCAAAUCCAUCCAAAAAUCAGCCUUUUUUUUUUUUAAAGAUUAUGAUGUGAUGGUAGGGCGACAGACAUGUAUUGGCUCUAGAUUUAAACGACAAUCUCAAUUUUGGACAGGUGGUUAUAUAUUUGUACCACUAGGGCAGUGCUUCUCAAUUAUUUUCUGUUACGGCCUCCGCAGGAAGACGUAAAUGUUUCGCGUCCCCCAACUCUCUGCCGCCACUGUAAAUACCGUAAUGGCCCGAAUAUAAGACGGCCCCGAUUAUAAGACGACCCCCUCUUUUUCAAGACUCAAGUUUGAAAAAAGACUUUUUGAACACCAAAUUAAUUUUUAUACAGAAAAUAAUUACAGUACAUCCGAAACAAAUGAUUAUAACAAUAUAUUUGAGAGAAAAAGCAUGUUAUUUUGCCUCAUUCAAAUCUUAAUAUCUGAACAUUCAAAUAUGUCAACUAAUGUGCAAUCACAUUCGUAAAUGAAUGGCUUCUGGUUUUUGAAAUGUAAACAAACCAAUCUAUUGUGAUAAAACAACAAAAUUGCAAUAACUGCAUUAACCAUCAAUGUGAAGUCUAACUAACUGUAGUCUUGAAACAAAUCUGAAUAAGGAAAAACAUUGCAAUUAAAUAAUACAAACUGGUUAAACUUGAGAGUAGCUGAGAUUUCUCAUGACAGAACAUCGCUUCAAUGAUAUCUGGCGCCAUCUAGCGUCGUGAAUGGGGAGAGUAGCUAAGAUCUGUCGUGACAGAACAUCGCUUCAAUGAUAUCUGACGCCAUCUAGCGUCGUGAAUGGGUAUAAUGUCUGGACCACGAACAUAAGACGACCCCCUCUUUUUCAGUCUUAUUUCAAUGCAAAAAACACCGUCUUAUAUUCGGGCCAAUACGUUAGUAUUAUUUGUCUAUAUAUAACUAAUUAUUAUUAGUUACACCUCUGCAUAACAUGUUAUCCUUUUUAACAUUAAAGAAAAAAAUAAUUUAGAUCGACUUACAAUAAAAUAUUUAUUAACAUUGCUUUGUUGUUUGGAACAGAAAAGACUUCAUCUUGCAUCAAUUUGCAGGGAGAAAAAAAUAGUCAAAUCCGAACUGUAAGAAUACACUCAAGGUACAUAUUUUUUGCCAUUAGAUACUGAAAAAUAAAAUUUUAUCAAAUCAAUAAAUAAUAAUAAAUUCAAAGUUAUUCGCAACAUUAACUCAUGAGGACAAAAUGCCAAACAAUUUGACCGAAAAAAUGAAAAAUAAUACAAAACGACAGUGUCACUGGACAGACGGACAGUUAUUAUUUUUGCUGCAGGCAGUAUCAGCUCCUUUGUAUUGGCACUGAGGAACUUGGUGUGCCACCUUAUAUGAUGCAAACAGUGCUCGCUGGUUUACUGGUGUAACACUGACAAAGGGGGACGAUUGUUGGCAAUAUUUGGCACGUUUUUUCGGCCAAAACUUUAAAAAUUGUCCGAUAUGCAUGUGUGAUACAUCAUUUGCAUGUGUCAUACAUCAUUGGAAAGCUUAAAAUCUCAAUUUUCAGGGGGAACAAAAUUUUUAAACAGGAGGGCAUUUAAAAAAAAAAAAAAUUUAAACAGCAAAACCCUAUCUGGAGGUGAGAGCACGCGAAAGCAGAAUUACAGACGCCAUGACUUUAACGAGAUAUUAUCGCAUACUUAUCUUGUUUCGAUCCACUUUUUGAGAAGUACUGCUCUAGGGGCACAACGCUCCCUAAUCCCAAUAUGUACUAGAAAGGUCUCAUCAAAAUGUCCACUUUGUAGGGCAUAGACGUCCGGCAAGGCUGAACUACUUAAACUGAACUACUAAUUUGUUCUAUUUUAGAUAUUCCUAAUUAUUAACAAAAAUGAAAGAAAACACCAUAAUUUUUGAUGAUGUAAAAACGGUACCAUGGCAUUUUUGCAUCUUUUUUUGUUUUGUUUUGUUAAUUCAUGCAGGUGUACCUAAAGAAGUGUUCUGAUAUAUUGCUUCAAUUUACAUUUCAUCGCUCCAAGAAGAAAAAGCACACAAGCGAGCAAACAAAACAGUUUUCAGUCUUGCAACAAGAAUGUAGUGCUUCAUUUAUUUGUAGAACAGUUGUACUUGUUAACAAUGAGAUUAAAAUGUUUGAAAGGAGGUAUAGAAUAUGAAGAAAAUGAUGCUUGGAUGAUAUUCUGCACUUUAUUUCAAGCAGCCAUUUAUUGCAGCAGCUCUGCAAUCAGGUCCAAACAAACCAAGAUUUUUUUUUGUUUGCAUUUCUUGAUUUAUGAUGUGACUAAUGCUAACUAGUCAAGUAGGCAUCUAUCCAAGCCCUCACAAGCACAAACACUUGCGUACAAUGGUUCGUGUUCUCUUUAUCUUUCUCCAUUUGAAUUAUACAGUAUCUAGAGAGUUGAUUUUUCAGUGUUUCGUUUUUAUUGUUGAUUGUUUUGGGGAGAUAUUCGGGCGUAAAUGCUAAUUAGGACUUAUUUAGAAAUUCAGUCCGCGGCAAAUAUUAGUUAAAUUAUCUGCGGCAAAACACAUUGUCAAACACACGCAAAAAGUGGAAGAAGAACAAAAAAAUGCGUUGUCAUACAGUGACAUAGUGUGGUUUAUCAUCGCCCCCCCAAUCUGUGGACUGAAUUCUUGUGCUCUCAAGUUCCAUCAGAUCAAUGUUUAGCAAUUUUUUUAAACCCCUUUUUUUGUUUGUUUUGAUUUACCCUUUAGGUUCAGUGUAUUUCUUGCUCAUGUUUUACAAAUUACUGUUGAUUUGUUUGAUGUAUUGCGCCUCACUAUAACCAUAGAUAUAUAAUGCAAAUCUGUUUGAGAAAAAAAGAACGCAGUGCAAUAGUUAAUUGCUGGUUUGUACUAUGGACCCCAAAAUGGGUGAGGGAUUAUGGGGUGUGAGGCGGAGUGAGAUGAACUCUAAAAUGAGAUUUUAAAAGAAGAUAACUGAAAUUUUAGAUCUCGAUUUAUACGACUAAACUUAAACAAUUAACAUUGAAUUCCGAAACUGAAAAUUGUUUAGAUUGAAAGCAACACUAGGUAACUUUUCGGUUUUGGUCAAUUUUAGCGACGCCGGUGGACAACAGCGGUAGUGUUUUGCCUUAAGGAAGACUGCGUUUCCCAUGAGGACCAGCGCGCACCCGCACAGUGUGGUAAAAUUAUCUCCCUGUCGCCCGUCGAGGGAUUAAACGACAUUUCUGUUUCCAGCGGCUGUGUGAAGGAUGAAUACCAUAAUUUUCGGACUAUAAGGUGCUACUUUUUUCCCCUCAUUUUGAAUCCUGCGGAAUAUAGUCCAGUGCGGCUUAUUUCUUGAUUUGUUUCGGUCAAUAGGUAACACUUUUUUAGACAAUGGCGUCAUAAAAUUGCCAUAAGACCGUCAUAAUUACCACAUGAUUAUAACACUAUCAUGGCCGUUAAUGAACGCUUAUGACAGAUGUCAUUUAGUAUCAUCAUGGCAAAUUAUGUCACUAACACUCCGUUUAUGUCCAACUCGGAUCUUUUACAUCUAUUCUAUUCCAUCAUCAUUCUAUUCUAUCAUUCUAUUCUAUCUAUCACCUUCAAAUCUGUCUAAAUACCAUUUAGGCAUUAGCUGAAUGGUCAAUUCAUCGGUUAAGAAUCUGGGGGAUUUUGUGGAAGUGAUUUUUGAGCAGUAGAGACGAAUGGCAAGCACUACUUGGUAGCAACUAGAUUAGGUGUUGUUGAACCAUUAUUAACGUCUUGAAGAACAUGAACUCAGAUCGUACUAUUGGUUAUAUAUAGCAUUUUUCCUAAACAAAAGUUAUGUGAAAAGAUUUUUUUUUUUUUAAUAAAUGAAGUUACGUGAAAAGAUUUAAAUCAACGUACAGUGGGGAAAAUAAGUAUUUAGUCAAUCACCAAUUGUGCAAGUUCU